AAAGAUAGGGAUUUGAAUAACAAACGAUAUGGAUUUUUUAACAAAGAGAGCUUUUUUAAGUGCUUCAAAAUCAAAAUCCCUGUUUAAAGGCCAUUCCAGAAGUACUAGUGCUGUUAGCUUUUCCAGGACUUGCUUUUCUUCCGGUGCUUAUGAACGCGUAGAGGGAUUAAGCGGCUAUGAAGGGAAAGCAAGAGGACAAGGCCAAGGGUCCUUAGGAGCUACAAAGAUAGCAGAAAACCUCGGACACAUGGCAAAGGAAACAACGGACAAAGCUUGGGACUCCGCUAGAAACACCACUCAGAAUGUUCAAGACACGUUGGUCGCCGCCGCCGAUGAGAAUGUCGUCGACACGACCGAGUACAGAGCCAUUGAAGACCUCGAGAACUCUGCACAAGGCAACGCCCAUUUUGGGACUCAAACAUAG